CAACAGUCCUAUCGACUAGGAGGUUACAAAAUAAAUCACCAUGAAAGUAUUGAUUGUUGUAUCUUGCGCUUUGGCUGUUGCCUCUGCCGGUCUCAUCCACGCCCCAUAUGCCCACCAACUCCAACACAUCCCAGUCAUCGGACCAAACGGAGUCCCAGUUGAACCCGCCGAAGUCCAAAUCGCCAGAGCCGAACACCUCGCCGCCCACGGACACAGCCACGCCGUUGUCGCCCCACACGUCGCCACCGUCAACGGUCUCCCCUUGGACACCCCCGAAGUAGCCGCCGCCAAGAUCCAACACCACCACGACUACGCCGUCGCCGCCCACAGAAACGGAGUAGCCGUUGCUCACGGAGUUCCAGUAGCCCAUGCCCUUCCAGUAGCUCACGCUCUUCCAGUAGCUCAUAUCGCUCACGCUCACGGUGCCGUCAUUGGCGUCAACGGCGCUCCAUUGGAAACCCCAGAAGUACAAGCAGCCAAAGCCGCUCAUUUCGCUGCUCACGUUGAAGCCAACGCUCGUUCCGGUCAUUUGGUAGCUCCUUUGGCCGCCGCCGUACACGGAGUGCACGCUGUACCAGUUGUUGCUGGAGGUUUGCCUUUGGACACCCCCGAAGUAGCUGUAGCUAAGGCCCAACAUUUGGCCGCUCAUGCUGAAGCUGCUCAUCGUCAUCAUCUUGCUCCAGUCGCUCAUUCCGCGUGGUGGUAAAACAUCAAUAGUUUGUGGAUGGUUUUUGUGUAGUUUUGUAUAUUAAAUAAAACUUUUUUUAACUGUA